UUACAAUAAUGGAAAACAUUAAUUAUAACGAUUCUGAUAGUGAAUCUGUAGAUGAAAUCGAAAACUUUCCUAUUCUAAACUUCGAUAACGAUAUAUAUCAAAAUAUUAAGGAUAAAAUAUUACAACUAGAUGGCGAUAAUAAUGAAGACUAUAACCUUAAUAGUGAAAUAGAAGAAAUUAUAUUACAUGAUGAGUUAGAUGAAGAAUUUGAUGAAAUUAUACCAAAUAUUCCCGAAAAUAAAGAUAAUAAAUACACACCUUUACUUGGAAAAUCGAUUGUAAUACUGCUGAGCAAUAUAAUGGAAAAUUAA